CGAUUGACAAGAUGAGCGAAGACCACGGUGUAGAGAUAAAGCAAGACGCUCUGAACGUUGUGGAUUCUUGGUUGGGUGCAUCUUCGUCAAACCAAGAAGAAGAAGCAGUUAAGCAACCAGUUUUUGAGCGGAGAGCACAGCGCCUAGGCCUCGGAGCAAAAUAUGUCCCACAUAAGAAGAAAACCGAGCCUCCAAGUGUGCUUAAAAAGAAGCUCCUUCGUGAGAAACGCCGGAAGCGAGAACAAAGACUGGAAGAGGCUGGUGAUUCUUCAAACUCGGAUUCAAAAGAAGAAGGCCUGAGUAAGGCGAAGCUAGUCAAAUCGAAACUGAACCACGAGUUUGCUAAAUCUGUUCGUCCGGACAGUAAGAAAAGGAAAGAGAAGUGAUUUUUCUAGUUUUUU